ACUGCCGAGUUCCCAUAAACUUUGACACUCGGGUAGUUAUAAAUAAACACAAACUCCCGUCACAGAUAUCCAGUAAACAUAUCUUAUCAUUAACCUAUUGCUAAUUGUUUAUUUGUUUCUUAAAUUAAAAACUUGGGUGAAUGGCGUUGCUGACCCGACUAAUAAACACCCUGUUGUUUGUGACAAUUACCCACGAUCUGAGGCGUUUAAACCGUGUCUUUAUACAAAGGUCUCGCUUGACCCUGGGUGUUUAAAAUCUCAUACCUACUUCUUUUCACGCUGAUUAAAGAUAGACAAAUUGUAUCGCAACAUUAUCGUGGGACUUGUGUAAACGGUCUAUAUUCUUUUUCUCAGGAUAUGAUUUCAAAUUUAGCAUUGAUCUCUGUAUGGGGAGCUUUCAUUGAGGUGUGAUCCGGCUAUGACCCAGAACAGGCUCCGGUUCAAAUCUGACAUGUCGAUUGACCAGAACGUGGGAAUCGGGGUAGAAUUUGAAUGUAAUGCGGUAAUAUGGUAACCCUACACUCCUGGAGGGCAAGCAGAAUCCACUGCCUUUCACAUUGAUUGAGUUUGGGUAUUAUGUUGCCAUAUAAUAUGAACCUUAAUUAACCUUUAGUGUCUAUUUGAGGGUGUCAUGUUAUCAUACAUGUAAAUUGAGCAGAACCCUUGUAACGGUGUCUACAACACUAAGAGAUUUUAUUUUAACGCAUCCCUGCAUUCUGGGGGAACAGACACACUGCCAGAUCAGAGCCAAACCAGAAGCCUUCCAAACCUGAACCAGGGCAGUAAAACUUUCCAGUGCUCCACACUUGUACCACCAGGCAAGAUGGAGGAUGCACUGCAUAUUGUUCCCAUGAAGGAGAUUGAGAGAUGUAUCCAGGAUUUUGUACCAGAACAGCUCCGGAAGAACACAAGUUGGACUGUCAAUACUUGGAACACUUGGGCUGAAGUAAGGAAUGCUGUGACAGGCUUUGGUCAAGCUAUCAUUCCAACUGUCCAGCAGUUUGGCUCUGUUCAGCCUCAGAUCCUGGAUGGCUUCCUCUGUAAAUUUGUAAUGGAAGUUCGCAACAAGGAUGGUAAUCGUUAUCCCAAAGACUCGCUCCACAACCUGUGUGCAGGAAUAUCUCGUUUCGUCAGACUCGUCCUCAAGCGACCUGAUCUCAAUUUCCUUGAUUCAAAAAAUUUAAACUUUCACCAUUUCCAGCUAACUCUCCGAUCACAGAUGAAACUAUCUGAAGAUAUGGGCAUCAAGACAGACAAGAAACAGUCACAGCCCAUUAGUCAGGACCAGGAGCGGAUUCUGUGGAAGAGACGUAUACUCAACAUGGAUACAGCACUGGGUCUGUCCCGAUCAGUGUACUACUACAACUGUAAAGUGUUUGGUGUUCGGGCACGAGAGGAGCACAGGAACCUCCGAGUAGAGCAGUACAUGUUUGGGACAGACAAUGAAGGAAAAUAUAUUGUCUUCCAUGGAAAUUCAUCGAAGGGUUCGGGACAUGAUCGAAGGAAGAUUCGAUCAGUGAAACAUCAUGACAUUGAUCGUGAUAUAUCUGUGUACAAAAUCUUUGUCAGAUACAUUCAGGCAAUUGGUCCUUCAGGAAACUUCUACCUCAAACCACUGGAACCACAUCGUCAUGGCAAUAUACGAUUCUCUGUCCAACCACUAGGUCAGAACACUCUGGGAUCAUACACAAGUUCCAUGAUGAAGGACGCUGGGUUUGAAGGUCAUUAUACAGGUCACUCUGGCAUUGUGACGUUGGCUGUGACCUUGUACAGUGAGGGGAUUAGUGAAAGGGUUAUCAAGGAGAGAACAGGUCUUCUAUCAGAAUAUGUUCGCCACUUCAAAGCCAUGUCAACUCUAGGUCAAGGUCGGCGGGGUGAACUUACAGAACUUUCAAGUAUCGGAAACGGGCACAUUUCCUGUGAGAAUAAUAUUCAGUUAACCCAGGAUUCAACAUCAUCUCCUGUCUGUAAACUGAAGAAUUUGACAGAACUACCAAGUCUUUAUACAGGCCAACAAAGGCAGGCCAACAUGGUUCGCCUCUACCAGAAGAAACACAUGCAAGACAAAGACAUCAGCAGGAUUAUUGAUGUCCCAGAUUUGUCUACCUUAAAUGUUCCUUCUGACACCCAUCGGAAUGUGUUUGGAGGUAGAAAAAUAUUUAGGUGCGAAUCAGAAAAUCUUGAUGAAAACUUUCCAUACAAUUAUGGACAUUCCUCCGGUCUGGAAUCAUCAUGGUCAUCACUGGAAACAAUGCCAGAUGAUCUUAUAGACGUUACGAAUAUGACUGGCCAGAAAGUUUACUUAGAUUGUAAUGGUAACAAGAUUGGAACUAUUACAGAAGGUCUCGAGGACCUUCAUUCCUAUCAGAUACUCAAUGUAUCAGCAUCUUCAAGUGAAAACAUUUCAUCAGAGUUGGUUCCUUUAGCACGCCCAAUGCACAAAAGAAAGCCGUCGGUACCUCAUCGCAUUGUGGGCUCCAGGAUAGGUGAUACAACAGACAGUCACAAUGGAGUAGACACAUCUCAGCCUGUUAAAAAAAUGAAGACGGAGCCAAGAUUUUGUGAUCACCCGUCAGUGACAUUGGUCAAGGUUGGACUUAACCAGUGUGUUCAGACCACUCCGGCCAUCCUGGUCAGUACUGCUACUCAGACUGGAAGUGACCUGUGUAAUCAUGUACACAAAAAACUACAGUAUAAAGUAUACCAUGGAAUGUCUUAAAAGUCACUUUAAUAUUUGGAAAUCAUACGGAAGUUCAAUUAACAUUUCAUAGGUCAGUAAAUUUAUGAUUUUAAGCUUCUGGAACUAAGAUUGGAUACUUACUGGGUAUGUAUCGUUUGUUCAAGGUAUUGCAUUAAAUUGUGGUUGUAU